AUGGCCAUUCGACCUACUCCCAUAUCCGUGGUCAAGGAGGCGGCGGAGAGCAUACAUGCUCCUCGAGACCCAAAUACGUUGAGCAACUACAAUGCGUGGAGAACUCGACACACGACUGCCGAUCUGGUGGUUGACUUUGAUGCCAAAAGCCUCUCCGGCACAAUUCACCUGACGCUAGAGAAGCUCUCGAAAGGCGACAGGAAGGUGGUACUCGAUACUAGCUAUCUGAACAUCGUGGGUGUUGAAGUUGAAGGCGAGAAAGCUCAAUGGGACUUGACACCGAAGCGGAUCGAGCCAUAUGGGAGUCCCCUUACGGUCCACAUCAGCGAGAAGCAGGUGGAAGCCGCGUCUCCAGAGCUCAAGCUUAGCAUUGGCGUUCAAACCACCAAGGACUGCACAGCGUUGCAAUGGCUCACUCCUGCUCAGACCAGCAACAAGAAACAUCCGUACAUGUUCUCGCAAUGUCAAGCAAUCCACGCUCGGUCACUGUUUCCUUGUCAAGACACUCCAGAUGUGAAGAGCACGUUCACGUUCAACAUUCGAUCUCCUCUUCCGGUGUUGGCUUCUGGCCUUCCAACAGGUGCCAGAGAUUUCCUUCCUGGCAAGGAUGGCAAAUCUGGAACACUACUCUACACCUUCCACCAGGCCAUACCAAUGCCGUCUUACCUCUUCGCCCUUGCAUCUGGCGACCUCGCAUCAGCGUCGAUCGGACCACGGUCUACCGUCUGGACAGGUCCCGAAGAGCUCAAAGCAAGCCAGUGGGAGUUCGAGCAUGACACCGAGGGUUACAUUCAGUCAGCCGAAAAGAUCGUGUAUCCUUAUGCGUGGACCACCUACAACGUGCUUGUCUUGCCACCCAGCUUCCCAUACGGCGGAAUGGAGAAUCCUGUCUAUACAUUUGCCACACCGACGGUUGUCUCUGGCGACCGACAGAACAUCGACGUCAUCGCACACGAACUCAGCCAUUCCUGGUCCGGAAAUCUUGUCAGCAAUGCGUCCUGGGAGCAUUUCUGGUUGAACGAGGGCUGGACUACAUACCUGGAGCGGCGGAUACAAGCAGACAUCCACGGCGAUGACAGACAUCGUGACUUCAGUGCCAUCAUAGGCUGGAAAGCACUUACCGACAGCAUUGAGCAGUUCGGGGAGGACGGCGAAUUCACCAAACUUAUUCCAGAUCUGAAGGGCAAGGAUCCCGAUGACGCUUUCAGCAGUGUUCCAUACGAGAAAGGUUUCGUAUUCCUGUACUCGCUGGAGAAAUUGAUUGGGAAGGAUAAAUGGGACAAAUUCAUCCCACAUUACUUCAAGACGUGGGAGAAGCGCUCCGUGGACAGCUACGAGUUCAAGACUACUCUCCUCGACUUUUUCAAGUCUGAUGCCGAGGCGUCUAAGAAGCUCACCGACCUCGACUGGGAUACGAUCUUCUAUUCUCCGGGCUUUCCGCCCAAGCCAGACUUCAACACCGAACUCGCCGACAUGUGUUACGCUCUCGCUGACAGUUGGCAAGCAUUGAACGAGGGAAAAACGAGCUUCCAGCCCGCCAAGAAGGAUAUUGAGCACUUUUCUGCGAACCAGAGCGUCGUGUUCCUGGAGAAAGUCCAGACUUUCAGCAAGCCGCUUUCUCACAAGCUUGUGGAGCAAAUGGGUGAUGUUUACGACUUUGCGGCUAGCAGAAAUGUAGAGGUGGUCAGCCGAUACCUCGUCGUCGGCUUGCAAGCACGCGCGAAGAGCGUCUACAAUCCUACAGCAGAACUACUCGGCCAGGUUGGACGCAUGAAGUUUGUGCGUCCAUUAUACCGUGAGCUGAUGCGGUGCGACUUUGACCUUGCCAAGCAGACAUUCGAGAAGAAUAAGGACUUCUACCAUCCUAUCUGCAAGGGCAUGGUGGAGAAGCUGUUCGAGAAGCAUGCAGGAAAGUGA